AUGGAGUAUUCUGGUAAGACAUUCCUCAUCCUGGCAGUUGAAGUUGCAGAGUAUCAAGGCGCUGCACUACUCCACCUGAGUACCGGUGAGGCCAAGAAGGUCUGUGAGCAGGAAAAUUCCCCCAACUGCGUGAAAUAUAUCGGUUAUGUUCAAAGUGCACUAGACAUACUCUUCCUCGCGGCUGACAUACUCCACGGAGCAGUUGGUACUUCUUCCACCGCUGAGGACUCCAACCUUGACCCUGGUCCGGUGCGUUGUGGCCUGCCUACAGACACAUUCUCCGCAGAUGCUUUACACGCUGCUCUCCAGAAUGAUGGGUGGAUCUAUGACCUCUUGGAGCAAAUCGAUGUCUCUAGCCUGAAUCUUGAAAAGCGCGACUCUGAUCCCCGGAUGACUCAACGCUUAAUUGCUCGCAAUGUGACCCUCGACGACCAAGCCAGCGCUUCUGACAUUGCAUUCAAUUACUUUGACAACGGCGAACUCAACCUGCACUUCCCCGGAGGCGCCGGCACCUUCCCCACCAGCAAUGCUCAGAACUCGCCUCUUCACGCGCGUUUCGAUGGUGCUGGGUUCAAGGUCUCUGCCACUACCCGCAGCCGGUCACCGUUGGCUCGUGACCAGCAGAAGGCUAUGGCCCACGAAAUUGCAAUGGAUUGGGCGUCAGAUGCAUGCGCUUAUCCCAUGGCUGAUUACAUGGGACUGGUCAGGACUGAUAGCCACCCCAACUUCUACUCCCGUAUCAUCCCUGAGGUCAGGGGCUUUGGUCUGAACUAUGAGUCCGUGGAUAUUUGUGGCCCAUUGUAUGAAUUUGUGUAG